ACUCCAAACUCUUUCUUUCUUUCUAAACAUGGGAGUAUCCAACAACAUAACAGCAGUUCUCAACAUGGUAGCCCUCCUCUGCUCCAUCCCCAUCAUCGCUGCCGGCAUAUGGCUAGCCCAAAAGCCCGACAACGGCUGCGUCCACCUCUUCCGGUGGCCCGUCGUCAUCCUCGGCUUCCUUAUCCUCGUCUUCUCCCUCAUCGGCUUUGUCGGCGCCUACCGUUACAAAGAAACCCUUUUGGCCUUCUACCUUUGCUGCAUGGCCAUCCUCAUUAUCCUCCUCCUCGUGCUGCUGAUAUUCGCUUUCGUAGUCACCAGGCCCGACGGCAGCUACGGCGUGCCCGGAAAGGGCUACAGGGAGUACCGGCUCGACGGGUACUCGAGUUGGCUUCUGAACCACGUGGUUGAUUCCAAGAGCUGGAGAAAAAUCAGGGCUUGCUUGGGUGAUUCGGAUGUUUGUCCUAAGUUGACUCAACGAUUUAUUACAGCUGAUCAGUUCUUUGCUGCUCAUCUCUCUCCUCUUCAGUCGGGAUGUUGUAAACCCCCGACUAUCUGUGGCUACACUUUCGUGAACCCGACACUGUGGACGAACCCGUCGAACCCGACCGGCGAUCCUGACUGCUACCUAUGGAGCAAUGACCAGACCCAGCUGUGUUAUAACUGCAACGCAUGCAAGGCUGGUUUGCUGGGGAAUUUGAGGAAAGAAUGGAGGAAAGCCAGUAUAAUUCUCAUAGUGGCGGUGGUGUUGCUCAUUUGCGUCUAUGUUGUUGCUUGCAGUGCGUUUAGAAACGCACAAACGGAAGACCUCUUCAACCGCUACAAACGCUAGCUUUUCUCGUUGUUAUUUUGCUUGUUUCUUUUAUUUUUCUGUUGUUAUUGUUGGUUUAUUAAUUUUAGACGUAUUUUACGUUGUUUGUGUAGCAUGAUUACGAAUAUGAAUUAUUAGUAGAUUUAUUGGUUU